CCUGGCGACGACGGUUUCCUGCGCUACGGGCGGUGUUCGACCGUCUUCAUCGUCGUUGCCGACGAGUGCAUCGGGCACCAAGAAGACCGAAAUCUGGCAGAUCGACUUGCUGCCCGACAACGGAGGCGGCCGAGGCGUCGGCCACGGAGGCGGCAAUGGUGGCGGCUUCGGGCCCGUCGCACCCCCGCAACCACCGCCGGUCAUCCACCACCACCACCACCAAGCGAACGACAGGGGCGCAGUCGGUGGAGGCGUUCAUCACGUGGGAAACAUCGGCCUGCACACGUUCGCAACGGCAGGUGGUGGCGAGUCUUACGAGCAGCAGAUGCCGCUUCACGCCAUCGUGCACACCCCGAUGCAGGUCGACACGACGUCCAGGUGGCCGUCAAGCUCGGACUGCGCCAUGACCAACAAGGACAUGUCGGUGGCGGCGCCUCUCGUCGCGCUGUUCGUGGGACUGGCGCUGGCGCUGCCCAUGCUGGGCCUGCUGUUCAUCGCCAAGAUGCACCUCUUGUCGGCGCUGACGGGGUCCUCGGGCACCCACACGGUCACCACCAGCGUGGGCGGGCGCAAGGAGGACGCGCUGGAGCGUCGGCUGGCCGACGCCUGGCCCGCCUUUCGAAACGCCGUCAGCAAAUAUGUGCUCGACGGCCGGUCCGUCGGGACUACCAAGAACAUGACAGCGCAUUCCAUGUAGAACUCGUUGUUGCUAAUGUGUGUUUUCCAUGAAGUGAUGUAAUGUAGGAAAAGGCCCCGCUGAGAGAGAGAAAGAGAGAGAGGGGGAAAUGUAUAAGAGGAAAAGCAAUUUAUGUGUUGUCCUCAUAGUGUAACAGUUCCUUAGCCUGCUACACCGAUCAGAGGGAAGUAUAGGAGUUAGGUAAAAAGGCGUCGGAGAUGGGCAGUAGGAUGCGAAUAUAUGUACACAUCCGUGUCUGGACGACCAAUUCGCAGCCUGGAAUUUACGUCUGUGUUGCCAAAAAUCUUGGCAGAGUCCUGGUGGCCCAUUCUGUUCAUAUUAUGUCAGUGGCCCAGUAACACUUGUUCACUCAACGGCCUGUUGCCAAUUGGCGCUUACGAACAAUAAUGAACAAUACAAAUGCCGCUCGCAGUUGUAUUGGGCACGAGAAACUAGCCGAAGGAAUGGCAACAGAAAACCCAGGCGACGCGAACAAAUUUAUUGUGACAAAAAGCACCAAAGCAUCAAGCGCAUCAUGCGCAAUCCCGUUGUCCCAGGCUAAACGCGGGAACCACAUCCAUACACACCAUCAUAUCACACAAAACAGUUGCUGCGCAAUGCACAACCUAGAAUACAAACACGCCAGAAUUCGCAAGCCAGAUCAGUGCAUGCAUAUACACGUGCACUUGUUGAAUUAAAAGACGCCUACGAAAGAAUACCUACAGCGUCGCUAUUACAUAAUCGCAUCUGCAACGGGGAAAAAGGCUUUCAUAUGUGUUCUCAACGAAAUAUGCUCACCCUGUACGAACCACUAUAUUACAGUCAGGGUAAGUAUACGUUGUAGCGAUGCUUCCAUAGAAGCGUAUACGUUCAAAACAUGGUGGUAGUGGUGGUAGCAACUUCAUAAAACAUUGUGGUUCAUCGACGGUCCAUGGAAAUUAGCGCCAUCUGUGUGGCGAGGGAACACUUCCGGCGGAAGAAAAAAAUAAUGUGACCUCAUAUCCGUUAAAAAUAGAAGCGACAUUAUUUUUGUUGACGCGGCCCGCCUCGGUCUGAAAAGACCGGGCUUCAGGACACUAAUA